AUGUUGCCCACAGAAGCCAAUGGUAAGAGAAAAAGAGGAGAAAAUUUUGAGGAUGAAGACGGUAAGCGAGAUGGACAAAUAGAUGGCGUCUUGCCAAAGGAAAAGGAGCAGAGAACGGAUAAUCAUCAACACGACCAAACAGAUGAAUCUGGCGAUCAAAAUGACACCAAAAAUGGAUCUCAUCAUUCUAAUCCCCUCGUGGACAUUCCACCGAGACAGAGGCUUCUUCGUCAACUUACUCCACUUCAUAUCCGUGCCGCCUCACCCUGCACUUUAAACCCACCCAUUGAUAGUGAUGGUUUACUGUGGCCAUCACAGGGGGCCCGUGACAGACUUGAGCAGACGCCAGAGGAAGCUAAGGCACGUGAACAGCGCAUUGCUGGAGCAGUGAAGACAAUUUUAACUGAACUUGGAGAAGACGUUACUCGGGAAGGUCUUUUGGAGACACCAGAGCGAUAUGCACGUGCAAUGAUGUACUUCACCAAGGGCUACGAAGACAACAUUCGGGAUGUGAUCAAACGGGCAGUAUUCGAAGAAGAUCAUGACGAGAUGGUGAUUGUCCGUGACAUCGAGAUCUACUCCUUGUGCGAGCACCAUUUGGUGCCCUUUUUUGGAAAGGCUCACAUUGCCUAUAUUCCCAACAAGAGAGUGGUUGGACUUCUGAAGCUUGCACGUUUGGCUGAAAUGUAUCUGCGGCGUUUCCAAGUGCAAGAGCGUUUGACGAAGCAAAUUGCCAUGGCAUUGAGCGAGAUCUUGAAACCACGUGGAGUUGCUGUAGUCAUCGAGGCUACUCACAUGUGUAUGGUGAGCCGUGGUGUUCAAAAAACUGGCCUGUCAACGACAACAAGUUGUAUGUUGGGUUGUUUCCGUGUGCAGCAAAAGACCCGUGACGAAUUCUUGACGCUCUUGGGACGCAAGUAA